AUGGACCUCAAAUCACCUCUCCCUUUCACGCACUCGCGAGCGACCUCGGCAACGUUCCCCCUGACCCAUGGCUCGCGCUCUGAUGACAUACCGUUUGCAGAGCUCGGCGACCGCCGCUCAACCCCUCGCCAUGUCCACCACCACUCGACAAGUGCUAUCACCGGUGCAGGGACAGGAACAGGCACCGGGACAGCUCUAGAGGAAUCCGUACCUACCAGCGCAGCCCACGCCCACCCGUCCAGACCGCGACCCCGUCUUGAUCCACUCGGUCUAGACGGAACCAAGACCAGACACAAGCACAGCAAGUCGCGCGAACUUCGUCUCCCACGCCCAAUGAGCCAUCUCGCUUCCUCCGCCAGUGCCCGUGGGCUCCUUCCAACCUGGUCAGGCCGGGAUAAAGAGCGCGACAGCGAUGAAAGUCAUGGCCUGCUCAGGCCGAUGACGCGGGAGACCACGCGGUCGAGAUGGGGCUCGGAGUCUACGAGUCGGAGUCGACGGGGCAGUCUACUUGAUGUUCCCGAGCAACAUGAGCGGCUGGGACCGAUUCGCCGACAGGAGAUUCGGUCGAUGGAGGAUUUGGAAGCUGUGAAGAAGCGGAGGAAAAUGGGUGAGGAGUAUCUGCGCUCCGCGCUCUCGUCAAUUGGGACGCAAGCAACGGACGUCACGCGUCGACUGGACUAUACAUACUACAACCUCCUCGAGAAGAUAACCGCCCUCAACUCGACCAUUGGGUCGUUCCAAGAUCUCUCCGAUUCAGCAGCCACACUCCUCGCAGACUUUGACCAUGAAACCUCGACACUAGACCAGGAGAUCCGGAAACAGAUUAUCGAGCUAAAGAACUUCGAACCCCAAUCUCAAAAGGCAGACGCUUUGCAAGAAAGGAUGAAUCAGGGCCGCAAGCGUGUCGAAGAUCUAGGCGCCCGCCUUGAGUCCGUAAAAUCCGACAUCGAUAGCUGGGAACGCAGAGAAAUGGAAUGGCAAGAGCGCACCUCGCGUCGUCUCCGCAUUUUCUGGGCUGUUAUCGGCGGCGCCUUCUUCGCCUGCAUCCUGGCGUGGUUCUUGCAGAAUUGGCCCUCUCUGGCCCCCGCCCGUGGAGAUGGAGAUAGUAAUGCACUUGGACACGGACGCGUACAGCAGGAUGCUGGUGCUGCAUCCGCGGGCUUUGACCCCUUCCUCUCUGAGUCCCUGAACCAAUCUGCGUCCUCGGGUCCGACGACUCGUUCUAGGUGGGAGUCUCUCCUGCAGGGCGAUGCCAUCCAGCCGGAGACGGCCGGCUGGUAUCCUUCCAGUUUGGCGGAUCGGAGAGAGAGCCUUGCGGCUGGCGCUACCGAGAGUACGAGCGGAGGUGGGGGUGGAAGUGAGAGUGAUGCUGCGCAGCCCACGCAUGAUCCUCUACAAUUUCUGGAUGAACUAUAG